GAAGAAGGAGACAAGUCCAAAGAGGAAGAAAGGACUGAGGGAGGAGAGGAGAGUCUGUCAGUCUCAGGAUGGGUUAUGACCUGGAGAGGUUUGUGGGGUACGUGAACGAGGGACUUCUGUGCUGUGUGUGUCGGGAUGUGUUGGAGCGCCCCCUCCAGGCCCCUUGUGAACAUGCCUACUGCGCUGCCUGCAUCAGCUCCUGGCUCAUACACCACCACUCCUGCCCUGAGGACAGACUUCCACUGGACAUCAGCACUCUGAGACCACUACACAGGUACAUGCGUAAUGACCUGUCUAGGCUCCAGAUCCGUUGUGUUAACUCUGGCCAGGGCUGUGAUGCUGUCUGCUGCCUGGAGACACUUCACACACACGAGGAUGAGUGUCCAUUCGCCCUCAUGCCCUGCUCCUACACAGGUUGUCCGGUGCAGGUGGAGAGGAGGGGUCUAGCGUCUCACUUGUCGGAGUGUGAGUUCCGCAGCAGGGCGUGUCCUAGUGGCUGUGGCCAUACCCUUCUCUCUGUAGACCAAUCACAGCACAACUGUGUUGCGGAGCUACGAACAGAAUUGGAGCUGCUCAGGGCAGAGAUGUUGGGUAAGGUGGAGGAGGUGAGGCGUGAGAUGGAGUCGAGGCUGGACUCUCAGAGGAGACACAUGGUGCAGAAAGAGUCUCUGCUGAAGAGCGAGGUGGAGGACCUCAAGGGCCAGCUGUCGAGGGUGGUGUGUGAUGUGCGGGCUCUCUUGGGUGCGGAGCGCCUGCGGAGACGGGAGCUGGCAGAAGCGGAGCUAGAGAAGAGGGAGCUACUGGAGAUGCUCCGGAGCCUGCAGCCAUGCAGGGGCCAGCGGAACAGAGACGAGCCAAUCAGGGGACUGCAUCAAGACGGGCCAAUUAGGAGCCAGCAUCAAGUAGAACACCCAACCAGGGGCCUGCUGAGGGAGGGGCCAACACAUGCCUCUACCCAAUCACUGCCCUCGGCCUCGCCCACUCCAGCCUUAUUCCCGCCUACCUCCCCACAGCCAGGGGAGGGGUCACAUAAGGCCGGCCCCCACAGCAUCACCCUCGACUGCAUCAAGAGGAGCAGAGAGGUCACCGUCAUCUGAGGGAGAUUGCACAGGAUUUAGGGGCCAUUCCUAAUGUUACUUUUGGGCACUGGGUAAUGUGCAUUAGGAACAAAUUAGAGAAAAUGCUUUGACUUCCAUAUCCUCAAUUCCUUCUUAAUUUAACCGUCUGAAAACAUUUUGUCCGACGUGGCGUCUCCUGAACGCACCCUUGAUGAUUGGCAGAUACCUGUGACAUUGCUUAAACUCAGAGGAAACCAACCUGCUGAGAUCCUAAAUAAAGUCUGAUGAACCACCUCUGAUCUCUGGUC